AUGGGUAUACACGAGCCACGCAAGCAUACAUCCGCCAAGCCAACUAUCAACGAACCACCCAAAGUCAAUAUAUCACGAUCGCAGUUCCAAGUCGUGCACAUCUUGUCUGGUUCGGGAUCACCCAAGCCGCAUGCAUCAUUCGCUUAA